AUGGCGUCGUCAUCACGACUGUGCAUCAUCAAUGAGUGUAAACGUCCGUCUGGAGAUCUGUGCCAUUGUUGUCAACAGUAUUUGUGCCGGGAUCAUUUGAACGAACACAAUGAUUUAAUCAAUACCCAACUCCAACCAUUGGCCGACCAAAUGAAUACACUUUCGAAUUAUUUCAAUAACGUCGCUUUGUUCGAACCAUCUUGUCUUACAAGUCUCGAUCAAUGGCGUGAGCAUGCUCAUAAAACAGUAGAUCAAUUCUAUGAAAGAAAAUGUCGACAAUUUGAACAAUUUCUUCCAGACAGAAGAGACAACCAGAAAAAAGAACUUGAUCGAGUCAGUGUGACCGAACUAAUUCGAGAGCAAGAAGCGACACAGGAACGAGUUCAUUCGAUCACAGAAUCUAUUCAAUCCUUCGAACGAGAUGUCAACGACCUUCAACAAAUUCAUUUCAACAUUGCUCCAUUGUUAAUUAAUGACGAUCUCAUUUUCAUUCAUCAUGGGACAGGUUCCCGAUAUCUUUCGCCUCCAUCAUCUUCGUCUCCAACAAUACAAUCAUCAGCUGGUAGUUGUUCCUCAAUAGCGAGCAACAAGAAACGUCCAUUAGUGCAUCAAAAACGUAAUAUAUGCUUUCUAGGCCGUGAGCCACAGAUACCCGACGGUGCUCGAUGGUCAUCCUCCGGGGUGACUGUUGCUGGUGGCAAUGAUAGAGGUGCUGGUUUGAAUCAAUUAGAUCGUCCAAAUGGCAUCUGUGUCGACGACGACAUGACAGUCUACGUGGCGGACUUCAACAACAACCGAAUUGUUGCCUGGAGUCCCAAUGCAACGGCUGGUGUCAUUGUUGCUCACGGGCUCAAUAAUCCAACAGAUGUGACAGUCGACAAAAACACCGAUAGUCUUAUCAUCUGCGAUCGUGGAAACAGACGCGUGAUAAGAUGGCCUCGUCAGAAUGGAACAAGAGGUGAUGUUCUCAUUGAGAAUAUCCGUUGUUGGGGAAUCGCAAUGGACGAUAGUCAAUCGUUGUACAUCACCGACGACGACAAACACGAGGUCAAACGAUAUCAUCUGGGCGACACAACAGGGACAGUGGUUGCAGGCGGAAAUGGAAAAGGUGAUCAUUUGAAUCAACUCAACUGGCCUCGUUACGUUUCUGUCGAUACAGAGCACGCUGUAUACGUGUCUGACAACGGUAAUCAUCGUGUGAUGCAUUGGCCUGUGGGUGCAAAAGAAGGCGUUGUGCUUGCUGGUGGUCAAGGUACCGGGAGUAGUCCACAACAAUUGUGGUGUGCGAGAGCAGUUAUCCUCGACUCAUCCCGGACAGUCUAUGUGACAGAAGGGAAGAAUCAUCGUGUCACACGUUGGCUAAACGGAAAGGGGAGUGUUGUCGUGGGCGGAAAUGGAAGAGGAGGUGGAAUAAAUCAGUUUAAUGACCCGGAUGGCUUGUGUUUUGAUCUUCAUGGCAAUCUUUUAAUGAUAAAAGUUGUAUACAAAAGCCGUGAGCCACAGAUACCCGACGGUGCUCGAUGGUCAUCCUCCGGGGUGACUGUUGCUGGUGGCAAUGAUAGAGGUGCUGGUUUGAAUCAAUUAGAUCGUCCAAAUGGCAUCUGUGUCGACGACGACAUGACAGUCAAUGAAAAGGACCAGAUGCGCAAAUUUCAUUGUUCUGUAGAGAGGUGUACAGCUAUUUUGACGCCAUUGGCUAUUCCGUAG